AUGCAAAGCCUUUUCCAAGCACCGAUUCGAGUUUGCAGUCCAAUCAAUAUGCGGCAGCUUUCUCCUGCAGACGCCGAAGUUGCUGUAUCCGGCGAGAUUGGGUCAGAGGAUGAGGAUGGCUUCAACGUGUUGGACGCCGCUCUGCCGCGAAAUCUAUCAGAUCCAAAAGACAAGGGGAAGACCCCCAUGACAGUCCAACGCAGAUGCACAAACGUUGCAUGGACUUGUCCUUUCCUGAUGCUCUUGGGGGUGUGCUGCUGGAUCACGCGUAUUGCUGUCAGGGUCGGCAGGCCCGCGAUCAUGUUCAGACCGCCCAACUUCCAAGGCGAGAUUUGCGGCAAGCGAAGGUAUCGAGGAAUGAAGUUUCUUUAUUUUUGUCUGAGGCAGGAGUCGCAAGCAAGCAAGGGUUUGGAGAUUAGAUAUCCAAUCUGUGUGAAGGAUUGCCCGGAUUCGUCCAAUACCUCUAGAAGCUGCUAUACUGGUAAUGGUGAGGCGAGCGACAUCCAUGCGUGGCAGUCCAUCCGCGACUACCCCACGCAGCCAUUGAUGUAUUUCUGCAGGCCUCACAGAGAAUACACCACGGGUCUCAGCGACGAUUUCUGGACUGCAGUGAGCAAGGGUCCGCCGACAAGCUAUUUCGUGGCAGCCCAUUACAGUGGCUGGCCAGAGGUUUCAACAGUGUCUGUUUCCACAUCCACUCUGUUCUCGCUUUUCUAUCUCAUGCUCUUGUCGAAGUACUCGCGCACCUUGAUUUGGCUCUCGCUGACUGUGCUUGUGCUUUUUGCCGCAGCCACGUUUUGCGUGUAUGGCUACUGCUUCAAGGAAGGCUGCCAGCUUUGGACGGGACAGGGGGCCGGGCAUUUGCCUGACUUGUUCAAAUGUGCCGGUGCUGGCAUUUGUGGCUUCUUCCUCCUGCGGACCAUGAACAAUUUGCACUCAGAUCUGGAUAUGGUCGGGCGCACCUUGGAGAUGGCAUGCUCUUGCAUUCUGUCAGGUCCUAUCAUAGCUGCCCUGCCCGUCGGGGUCCUGGCUGUGCGGAUUUGCUUGGUGGUCUGGCUUUUCUACGUGCUUCUGUGCUUGUAUGGCUUCCAGGUCCACGACACAAUGACAGAAGUCGAGAACCCCUGGACCUCCAAGUGGUACAAGUUUCCCCCAAUUGACAAUCAUGAAGACUUUUGGAUGUAUAUGAUCAUUUCUGUGCUCUUCUUCCUUUGGUGCAAUGGUACCACCACGUCUGUUUUUUAUUACUGCAACUAUUAUGUUGGGCAAGUGUGGUUUUUCGCCGGGGGGAAAGUCUCCCUUCAGCAGUGCAAUGCCCCAAGGGCCUUAUACAGCUGCUUGAGGUAUCAUUUUGGAACUAUGAUUCUCUCAGGGUUGUUCUUCGUCUUGGUGGGGCCACUGCAUGCCACACUGGGCAGGCUAAGGUCAGCAGCAGACGCUGAAAAUGCCGUGGCGGAGCUUGUGUACUCAUGCCUUUCAAGCUGCGUUGACCUGUAUUCGCAGUCCGUGGCGCACCUCGAGCGUAAUGCGUUGCAAGAUGUAAGCCUGCAAGCCUUUGAGUAUUUCGAGGGUGCAGAGCACGCUGCGGAAGUGCAACGCAACGCGUUGAUAUCAGAUGAGGUGAUGCUUCUAAAAGCCUCAUGCAUGCUUUUUCAGGCAGCCGGUGUGGGAUGUGCUGGUGUGAUUGCCUGGUUUGCUUCUGUUUCGACUUUGUCGCAAGAGCAGUUCACAGAUGAAGGCAGCCAGUACUACGUGAGAGACAAGUCUUUGGUGUGCCUUGCAGGUGUCGUUCUAUCGGCUGCCUCAGCCAUGCACUUUAUGUUUAUCUUCGACGUAGUGGGAGAGGCUGUGAUCUACAGCGAGGUGGUGGACGAGCAGCGAAACCCUGUCGAGACACAGGUGACAGCCGCGGCCAGCCACAUCAUGAGGAACUGCAGCCCCUGGGGCCAGAUGAUGGCCGACAUUACCUCCUGCCACUGUGGUUCUCGAUCCCUUCCUGCUCAGAGCUUCCGAGGUGCGAGUAUCUUUGAUUGGGUGUCCAUGGACGGAGCUCCGUCCGACCCGUUAGCCGUGCCAGCCCCGAUGACAGCCAACGCUGCUGCCAGACCAGGGCAUGACCAAAGAUUUAGCCCGAGCUGA